GGCCUGCAAGCCUGGAAAAUUUUGCAGGGCAGUUUCCCUGGACAGCUUUGCAGAGCUGUGCCAUUUGAAUUCAAGCACACACACACACACACACAUACAGCCACGCACUGUGCUCUCCAUUUCUGGCUUGCCUCCCAGCACAGAGAGUUGAGCUAGAGCUUGGGUUCACUUUUUUCUUCUCACUCUCCUCCCGGCAGCGACAGCUUCUCCAGGCUCUGCUAGUCGGGACUCCCAAGCAAGCAUGGCAGACACCCCUUUGCAAAUCAUUGAGCAGCCCGCUCCUUCCGAGACCUCCGAGGAGCAAGCGGCCGAGGAGCCGAUUAAAUCAGAUCAGAUCAAUGGCGUGAUGGUGCUAACCCUUCUGGACAAGAUCAUCGGGGCGGUGGAUCAGAUCCAGCUGACCCAGACGCAGCUGGAGGAGAGGCAACAAGAGAUGGAUAGCGCAGUGGCCAGCAUCCAGGGGGAACUGACCAAGCUCACCAAAGCACACACCACCACCAGCAACACCGUGAACAAGAUGCUGGAGAAAGUACGCAAGGUGAGCGUCAACGUGAAAACCGUCCGGCAGAACCUGGAGAAGCAGGCCGGGCAGAUCAAGAAGCUGGAGGUCAACGAGGCGGAGCUGCUGAAGCGAAGGAACUUCAAAGUCAUGAUCUACCAGGAUGAAGUGAAGCUCCCAGCCAAGCUGAGUAUCAGCAAGUCUUUGAAGGAGGCAGAGAAGGAAGAGAAGGAAGAGGAGGGCGCGGAGGUGCCCGCGGACGAGGACCAUGCAGAUGAGGACCGCAUCCAGCUCUCCUCAGAUGAGGAGGUGGAGGUUGAAGAGAUCAUCGAGGAGUCCCGGGCAGAGCGGAUCAAGAGAAGUGGCAUGAAGAGGGUGGACGACUUCAAAAAGGCUUUCUCCAAGGAGAAGAUGGAGAAGACCAAGCUAAAGACCAAGGAGAAUUUGGAGAAGACCAAACACAACUUGGAGAAGACCCGGCACAACCUGGAGAAGAGGAUGAACAAGCUGGGCACCAAGAUCGUAACCACUGAGAGGAGGGAGAAGAUGAAAACCUCUCGGGACAAGCUGAAGAAAUCCUUCACUCCUGACCACCCCGUCUACGCCAGGUCCAAGACGGCAGUCUACAAGGUGCCACCCUUCACCUUCUACGUCAAGAAGAUCAGAGAGGGCGAGGUGGAGGUGAAAGCCACGGAGAUGGUGGAGGUGGGAGGAGAAGAGGCCGAGAAUACGGAGCUGCUGAGAGAGGAGAGCCCUGAGAUGCACACGCUGCUGGAGAUCACGGAGGAGUCGGACGCAGUGCUGGUGGACAAGAGCGACAGUGAGUAGGACGGGCGGUGGCACGCGCUGAACGGCUGAACAUGUAACCUUUCACACUGCAAGAUCUCUCUUUGCCCCACGCGUCCCGGGAAACGUGUACCCGAUGUAUCAUUAUUCCUCUGGACGUCCAAGCCGAUCCCCCACUGUCCCGGACGAGGUGUCGUUUAUAUUUUAGUUUUAGCACACAGAGGAGUUAGGAAUACAGGACGGUUUUUCUUACACUCGUCGUGGAGACCAUUCCUGCUAGUGGCCCUGUGAGAGCUUGCUAGCCGCCAGGGACCCAGCUGGGAGCGUGCUAAAACCAAGAUAACUGCUGUACACCUGGGAAGAUCCCUCUUUGCAGCUCUCUGAGACCUGAGGUCUAGAAUGCUUUCUGCCUGGCAACCUGCCCAGCGCUGGAGAUCCCCCGUCUGUUUGUCAGCCCGAGCAGCCAUCCCCACAGGCAGCCGGAAGGGAAUGCAGGAGCCCAGCUGGCUAGUAGCAGCAGAGAGACAUUUCCCACCCCCGCCCGUAUGCCAGCUCCUGGGGCCAUGCGGUCUGGAAGGUCUCCAGUGGAAGGUGGAUCUCUGACACGUCUUAGCACGUGGCGAGGGAAGGGUUAAGCUGAUCCCAUUGGUGGGCAGAGCAUGCGUGAGGAUGGGCAAUGCCACGUCGGGCCGGGAGGGGCUCCCUGACACUUCCUGACCCCAGAGGGCUGAAACAGCUAACGGGCUGUUCUGGAGAAGCCAGUAUUGUGCACCACUUGGCUACCAUGGGCACCACAUUGUCUGGGUGGCAGCGAGAUCCCCUGGCAAUGCGGGUAUCCUACACACACACACAGGACCCUGCCACUGCUGCCCGUUACACCGCGGCCACUCCAGGCCUUCCUGGGACUGCCCCAGAGUCACGGAGAGCUCAGCAUGUGCCGCACGCUCCUGUGUGUGUCUGCAGUGCCCGGAGCGGUAACUGUCUGCCUGCUGGAGCCCAGAACCGCUUUGCUCCAGCGGGCUCACGGUCACCUGCAGGGAGCUGCGUGGAGUCGGGUGUCCCACCCCGUCACCGAGCCCCGUAGCAUGUGGCAUCAGCAGGCCGGGAGGUGCACGCUCACUGGCUGGGGGAGGGUGCAGGCUGGGAGUAGGACCCAGCAGGCCGGGAGGUGCACGCUCACAGGGGUGCACGCAGGGGCGCUGGAGGGCACAGCAGGCUGGGAGGUGCACGCUCACUGGCCGGGGGAGGAUGCAGGUGCGGGGUGCAGGCCGUGAGGUGCACACUCACUGGCCGGGGGAAAGGUGCAGGUGGGGGGUGCAGGCCGUGAGGUGCACACUCACUGGCCGGGGGAAGGUGCAGGCUGGGAGUAGGACCCAGCAGGCCGGGAGGUGCACGCUCACGGGGGUGCAGGCCGGGGUGCUGGAGGGCACAGCAGGCCGGGAGGUGCACGCUCACAGGGGUGCACGCAGGGGCGCUGGAGGGCACAGCAGGCCGGGAGGUGCACACUCACAGGGGUGCACGCAGGGGCGCUGGAGGGCACAGCAGGCCGGGAAGUGCACGCUCACAGGGGUGCAUGCAGGGGUGCUGGAGGGCACAGCAGGCCGGGAAGUGCACGCUCACAGGGGUGCAUGCAGGGGUGCUGGAGGGCACAGCAGGCCGGGAGGUGCACGCUCACAGGGGUGCAUGCAGGGGUGCUGGAGGGCCCAGCAGGCCGGGAGGUGCACGCUCACAGGGGUGCAUGCAGGGGUGCUGGAGGGCCCAGCAGGCCAGGAGGUGCACACUCACUGGCCGGGGGACGGUGCAGGCUGGGAGUAGGAUCUAGCAGGCUGGGAGGUGCACGCUCACGGGGGUGCAGGCAGGGGUGCUGGAGGGCCCAGCAGGCCGGGAGGUGCACGCUCACGGGGGUGCAUGCAGGGGUGCUGGAGGGCACAGCAGGCUGGGAGGUGCACACUCACAGGGGUGCAGGCAGGGGCGCUGGAGGGCACAGCAGGCUGGGAGGUGCACACUCACAGGGGUGCACGCAGGGGCGCUGGAGGGCACAGCAGGCUGGGAGGUGCACGCUCACUGGCCGGGGGACGGCCCAGGGUGCUGGAAGGCCCCGGGGGCGGUUGUGACUCAUUUUCAGGAGGGCUAGAGGAUGUACUGAUGCCACAGAAAGGGGACAGAGCCAGGAGGGCUCUUGGCCAGCCAGAGAGCAGUCUUGACAUGGGUCCGUGGGCCCGAUCCUGAGCAGCUGAGUCUCUGCAGGGAGUCCCGGCACGGCGCAGGCUCAGGGCCGUGCACAUCCCCCCAGGCUCCCCGCUUGCUGCCAUUCUCGCUUGCCUGGCUGGUGGCAGAUGCCCGGCGCAGUUCUAGGAUGGGGCACUGCUGCUUGAGCGCCAGCUUUCCUAUCCACACGCACCGCACUGCUUAUCAGGCUCCCAGCAGACCGGAGCGAGGGCCGCGUGUGCUGGGACUCAGCGUGUCUCCUGGCCAGCUGAGGUCGGCUUUGGGGCUGGCAAUUCCCAACCCCCACCCCUUUGCAGCCCCCCAGGUGGCAGGGGACACGGGGAGGUUCGGCUUGUGUUCAUCCUUCCCCUAGUUCAUACCCGCUGGGCACAGCCCAGCCCCUGGCACCUGCGGCCGCCGUCCUCACUGCCAUGUGACACACGGGAGAACAGAGGUUUGUUGUUAACGUAGCCACAAUAUAUAAACUUGCUUCUUUGUUAAGAGCAUUUUCUUUCUUAUUGCCCGUCCCACUCCCACCCCAGGGUCCUUCCCCUGCAGCAGAGCUCCCGCCCUGCCCAGGCCAAAGUGGGCAUGGCCCCAGCGGCUGGGCUGUGUGCCAGGCUCCCUGGUGGGUUCUGUCUAAGCAGCAAGGAGGCGUCUCCGGACCCCUGUGCUGCCCCCAGGGAUGGGCAGGAAGAGAUGGGGUUGGAUGGGCCUUUGCCAUGCUCUGCUCUUCCCUGCCAACCCCACGAUGGCACCACCACUGUGGGGGGAUGCCAGGCCCCAGGCAGUGGCGGUCCCUGGGGGGCAGGGGAGCCUUGCUUGCCUUCGGUUGGGAUCUGUGCUCACUGUUCGCCCCGGGCACCCCGCACAGCAGAUGUUCUGCAGCUCCCCAGCCCAGGGCAGGCCGAGCCCUCGCUCCUCUGCCUAGGGCCAUUCCCUCAGCAUGUGCGUGGGGACCAAGGCCUGGCCGCGCCCCGCCCUCCCGCUGCCCCCCCCGUGCAGCCCAGCCCGUGGCAGGGGAGGUGCCGGCUGGCGGAGGCGCAGGCAGGGCAGGGGGCUGUUCACACUCUGUCUGUUUCCUGGGGCCCGGCUAUUGUUUUUUACAGAUCUCUGUUUCUUACACAGAAGCAGUAGCUCAGAGUAAGCGACUCCCAGGGCACGGGCGGGCGCUGGGCUCGAGCAGCCCAAGGCCACCAGGGUUUGGGGCCGUACUAAGCAUCUCUGACCUCGGAGAGAGGGAGCAGAGCGCGUCCACGGGGCAAAGAGCGAGUCCUGGGCCCUCCCGUGCCCGAGGUGACGAGCUGGGGGCCAUGGGAGCUGGGUGGAGCUUUAUCCAUUUUCUAUGACUGCAUCCUGGUGAGCAGCCCGACCAAUAAAGUUUCUUUUCUAAAAGGCCAA